AUGAACAAUGAUAAAGUUGGGAACCCAACAUCACGCCAAGAUAAACCUUCAGCCUGUGACUGCGACAAUGUGCGACCACUAAUGAAGGAGGCUGAGGGGGGCCAAGUUCACCAUUCUGCAAUCAUACCGCACAUACUUAGUGACGCAUCCCUGGUCGCUUCAAGUCACCUAUAUCAAACAGAACGUACCCCCCGCAUCCCCGGCAGGAUAUGCUGUGGAUGUGAUAAGCUAUUUGCCACAGCUUCCUUUCCUGCCUUGUGCAUGAACUGCGGCCAUGCAACAUGCGAAGCUUGUCCGGUGAUUGAGUUUGUGCCUCGUGGUCACAAUUUGAGUUCUCAUCAAAACACAAAUGAAGGGCCUGGCAACUCGCUCGAAAAAAUCCUGCAAGCUCUAUCGGAGCCGGAUCGGUCUCGCGGUGUGGACAGAAAUAAUGGACAAGAGAUACGAGGACAGGUACAACAUGAAGGGGAUCGUGAACAGGAAAACCAAGUGAAGCCCCGUCGAGAGCAUCCGAAAGAGCAGCAGCAGUCGUCGUCGAUUUCAGGGCGCAAAGAACGCAAGUUGAACAUGGACAAGUGCCAAAGGUGUCGAGAUGACAAAAAAAAAGGAAAAUGCAACCGCUGCAUUGAAAAGGGGCUUCCUUGCUCAGAAAGAACCCGAGUUAUACGCCCUCGGAAACUUGCAUCGAAGUCUCCGCCACCAACGCACAACGACAUUUCCCCACCAAUCGUUUCAGAUGCCUUGAAAAUCAGCUUUGACCAAAUUGCUCUUCUCGUAAGCUACUACAAAAUGAUGGACGCGGCUCGAAAAAGGCUGAAUGAACUUCAAAAAAGCAUGAAACCAUUCCUUGAGUGGAAUCUUUUAUAUGAUGACUACGAUUCGGGUUCAAGUUUUUACGAUUUUGUCAACGCCAUCUCUUUUGAAGCAAUUCCCCUAUGCUUGAAAAUACUCUUGACUGAGCAACAAUUCCUGAACAGCCCCUCGAUACGCUCUUUAUUUAUCAGUCUAAUUCUCACUGUGGAUUCCCACAUCACGAUUGGCAUCUGCCCUUUUUGCGACUAUUCCGGUGUCGAAAUACCGAUUAAUGGGCUUAUAGAUUCUAUGGAUUUAUGCAGAAAUUUUGUGCUCAAGGAACAUGUGCUCCAGUGCCAUGGCGAUGAGUUCAAUAAAGACGAGCUGGAAGAAGAAAUUCAAAUGUAUACCAAAUUGUCACUUGAAGUACCGCAGAAAAUCGGAAUGGUGCUUGAAGCUUUGGGCUUUUCUAACCUUGCCGAGCAGAGUAGAUCUAUCGGACUUUUCCGUGAUGACUGGGUGAUUUGGUUGGAUCGUAGGAUACCAAUAUCGCAAUCAGGAGGUCUCGAUUGUUUGCGAAGGACAGAGUUCCAUCGUAUUCUUGAUUACAGUUUUAAAGAAGAUCAAGAGCUUUCACAUAUUUUGGGUCAGGCUGAACACUUACAGAAUGACGUCAGCGUAUGGAACAGUCAAGACAUACUUGGGAGAACACCGCUGCACAUAUUGUGCCAGUUUGAAGAGAAUGAUACGGCGAUCGAAUUACUUCAGGGAGCGUUGGAAGCAGGUGCAAACUCAGGAAUUGCUACGAUUCAUGGGACUAUUCCGUUGCAUCAUGCUGCUGCGAACGGAUCUGUUGACAUGUGCAAUAUUUUGGUAAAACAUGGAGGCAAAUCCGACAUGGAGGUUGAACAGUGUUCCAAAAGAACCGCGCUCGGACUUGCGGUGGUCAAUAAACAAGAUAAAGUGGUGGAUCUGUUGAAAGACUACUAUACUCAUGCUGGGAUGAAAGGAGAGGUAGCGAGAGCAGACAGAAUCGCAGUAGCAGUGAGGGAAGGAAAAUACAAGAGGUGGAUAUCAUACUCUGAGUAG